CGGGGGGUGGGGGGAGCGGGGCGGGGAGAUGGAUAAACUGACCAUCAUCUCAGGAUGUCUCUUUCUGGCCGCCGAUAUCUUCGCCAUCGCCAGCAUCGCCAACCCGGACUGGAUCAACACCGGGGAGUCCGCGGGAGCACUCACUGUGGGCCUUGUGCGACAGUGUCAGACAAUCCAUGGACGAGACCGGACGUGCAUCCCACCUCGGCUUCCCCCAGAGUGGGUCACCACACUGUUUUUUAUCAUCAUGGGAAUCAUUUCAUUGACUGUCACAUGUGGUUUGCUGGUGGCUUCCCACUGGCGAAGAGAAGCUACAAAAUAUGCUCGAUGGAUAGCCUUCACUGGAAUGAUCCUUUUCUGUAUGGCUGCCCUAAUAUUUCCAAUAGGAUUUUACAUCAAUGAAGUCGGAGGUCAACCUUAUAAAUUACCCAACAACACAGUAGUUGGGUCAUCAUACGUACUUUUUGUCUUAUCAAUUUUCUUUACUAUAGUAGGACUUCUAUUUGCUGGCAAAGUUUGUUUACCAGGCUGAUGAAUGUCUAAUUUGCUCAACUCUUUUAUUAUUUUUAAUUUUAUUUUAUUUUUUUAUUUUUGGAGGGGAGAGGACAAAGGCAAGGCAUCUGAGCAGUCCUCUCAUAGGAAGAUGCUUAGAUGAAACUGAUGCCGAAAAGGAAAAAAAAAAAUGCUUUGAUUUGUUCUCACUAUGCACUUUGGAUUUAAAAACAAAACAAACAAACAAACAAACAAAUAAGGAGAGCCUUUUCCAUAACCAAAUACAGACAAUAUUGACUAAAUCUCCUGAGCAUAUUCAGGCAGUCAGGUCUGCACUGUGAUAGCAACCUAGUGAAGGAGAAUGCUUUAUAAUGAAAAGCAUGUGGCCCUUUGUGACUCUGUUGUUCCGUUUUUAAUGUCUAAUGAUUAAUUGAGGAAAAAAAACAAACUAAGUAUUUAUGAAUCAUGGUGGACCAGAGGCUUACAAGAGAAGUUCACGUGGGGCUGGCCUCACCUCCUAAGAAAUUAGUAUUCACAGCUUCCUUGUAAUGGUAUGAGCCUUUGGUGCCAGAAUGAUUUGCUGUUGCAUUACUACACCAAGAAGCCAAUAGAUCAAAACUUGUUUGCUAAAAUGUAUGUAAAAUUCCUGAAAUUCCCUAUUCUCUGUGUACAAAACAAAACAAAACAAAAAAAAUCAAACACUAAGAAACAUG